UCCCCGCCCGCCUCGGGCAGCGGCCGGGACGCGGCGCGGGGCGGGCUCGGGGCCGGCGCCGCCCCAAGAUGGCGGAGUACGUGCAGGUGGCGAAGCGGGCCCUGAAGCACCUCAGCGGCCACGGCGGCGUCCGCGGCGCCAUUUGGCAGCUGCUGAGGGUCAAUGAUUUGAAGACUGGUACGCUGGUAGGAGUUGACAAAUAUGGAAACAAAUACUACGAAGACAAAAGAAACUUCUUUGGUCGACACAGAUGGGUCAUAUAUAGUACUGAAAUGAACGGCAAAAAUACGUUUUGGGAAGUUGAUGGAAGCAUGGUGCCCCCUGAGUGGCAUCGUUGGCUUCACUCGAUGACGGAUGACCCUCCAACUACUCAUCCACCAGUUGCUCGUAAAUUUAUCUGGGAGAACCAUAAAUUCAAUCUGAGUGGUACUCCUGAGCAGUACGUACCUUACUCUACUACUCGCAAGAAGAUACACGAGUGGAUCCCACCUACAACAGCCAGCAAGUAACAGCAAAAAAAGGAAGUCAUUUGCCUCAACUUUGGCUUUCAGUGUAAAUUGUAUCUUCAUUGGUUUUGUUUAAAAUAAAAACCUAUAACUGC